GAGAGUGAGUCUUUUAUUUUGUUACCACAAGACGUCGUCGUCGUCGUCGUCGUCAUCAUCAUCAUCAUUCGUAGCCUGUUUAACAGAGCCUUUCUGCUGACGCGCGUUCGUUGCAGUGACAUCAGCACGACGAUCACCAUUGAGGAUGGGGUGAUCAAGAACCCAGAAGCCAUCGACUGGCCGCUACAGUGCGACAGGACUGAAACCGGCACCAUGUCCAUGUCUCCGGCUUCGACCGGGUCAAGAACACAAGUGUCGACAACAGCCAUGAUGUCUCACGGUGCAUCGGCUUCUUCACCUUCCAAGUCUCCGUCAUCCGGCAUCACAACGAUGGUGACCCCCGUAGCGUCCAGCGGAAGUAAGCUGUCGUCCGGAGCAUCCAGUGCAAGCAAGAUGUCGUCGUCCGGCGGCGCGACAAGCAACCCUUCCACCAAGAAGAAAACCACAGCCUCACCCACGCUCUCCACUCCCACCCCGACCGAACCCUCCCCAUCAUCCGAACAGGAAACCCCAACCAUAAACCCAACCCCAGUCGUCACCCACUGCGAACCCAAAGUCAACUGCGCCGCCGAAGUCCAAUACCACUUCCUCACCGACGCCGCAGACGACAUCUGCGACCACGACCUCGCGCGCGAGAACCCGCUCUUCAACCCAACCUCCAAACCCAUCACCCGAACCGUCACCGACCCAGACACAAGCAUGACCUUCAACAUCACCGUCUCCUGGAUCCCCGGCUGCACGGCCGAGAAGGCCCACUUCCACGACUCCAUCGACUGCUCCCGCGCCCUCCUCGCCCCCUACAACCUCUGCCUCGCCGGCGCAGACGACAACAACGUCGGCGGCUCCGCCACCUCCGGCUGCGUCCGCUACGACGUCGCCGUAGACUGCACCCCCGACGUCCCCCGCUUCAUGCCCACCUGCAAGCCCUCCCUGAACUGCCCAGGCGGCAUCAACAUAGCCAGGGGCUGGUGGCAGGACUCGCGCGCGGCAUGGUGCGACGACAUCAAGGGCACCCGCAUGCACCCGGGCGACCCGCCCUGGUUCCGCCGCUACGCCAAGCUCGGCGGCGAGUACCAGAUUGUCUUCCGCGCCGACUGGGUCAAGGGCUGUCGCCUGCUCGAGAGCCAGCCGAUCAGCGAGACGACCAACCCGGACUCGCUGUACGGCCACGUGAAUCUGUGCGAGAAGAUGCUGGAUGCGGCGGACGAGGAGUGUUCUGACGGGAAUGAUUUUGCUGGGUUUACGAUGCUGGAUCGUUGUGUCAGGGUGGAGAUGAUGGGCAAGUGCUGUUACGGCAAGGAGCAGUGUGAGAAGGGCGAUCCGCUGUAUGGGAAGGAGGAGCCGGAUUAGGAUGGGGAUGCGAUAUAUUAGGUUGGGGUGAGACCUUGGGGCUUGUUUGGAGGAUUGUUAGGAGCCUGUUUUGCUUAAGUUGGACGGAUGGAUAGGGACGCUCGUUUCUUUGCACAUUCUUACCCUCUCUCGCGGUCGGCUGUAAAGUAGCAGUUUUUGUAUUUCGAAAUCUCAGUAGGCACGCACUCUCACACACACUCACACACACUCACACACACUCACACACACUCACACACAUCUAUUAUACCU